UUCUUUUUUUUCUUUUUCCUUUUUUUUUUAUAAAAUAAAAGAUAGAUGGAGUACAUGACCACAUCAGUAAGGACAAACCAUACUUGGCCUCUUAAUGAGGAUUAUAUAAGUCUGUCCUCUGAUGUUGAAAUAACAAAUAAUCUAGCUAUUAACCAUCCAUCUACAAAGGAAAUCACGAGACCAUUUUUAAUAAAUGGUGAUAUUACACAAAAGGUAGUUUCAAAAGGAACAUCCCUUCAACCCAUCGCACAGAACGAUGCAUCGUUCUCAUCAAGUCGCCAUAACAUGAUUCCUGAAGCCAAGGAGAUCUUUGUUAUUGACGACUCUGAUGGUGCUGAAGGGAGUUCUGUAGAUAGCUACCACACAGCGAAUAGUUCGCCUUUGUGGGCUAUUGAUGAACUCUAUCAACAUAAAGUGCAAUAUUUGAAAAAUACGAGUGAAUUAAAGUUUAGAAAAUCAAAUAGAUUAUCAAAAUGGGUGGGUGAACUUUGUGAUUUUUUUUUAUUACCUCAACUUAAAAAAUCAACUCAAUCUAAUGAUAUGAGUCAUUAUACUUUGAGUUCAUCAUCCUCACGUGGGACAUCUUUAGAUAAUCCUAUCGUGAUUGAUGAUGAUGAUGACGACGUCGUUGUCGAACAACCAAGAUGUUCAAAUUCACGUCAAGUUAAUGAUACAAGAAGAGAUAAUAUACGAUAUUAUGAUAAUAAUAUACGAUAUUAUAGAAGAUAUGAACCAGACUAUUAUCCACGUGAUCAUGACUAUCGUCAGAGGCCACACUAUUCAAAGAGAAGAAGAUAUUUUGAUUAUAGUCCAUAUCGAGUCAGUAGUAGAAGGAGGCCUUCAAAAAGUCCUGUAAGAAGAUAUGAAAGAUGAUAGUAAUAAUAAAAGAAAGCGCUAUCCUUAUUAUGAAUCAUAAAUCAACCUAUGCAAUAUUUAUCACUUAUUUAAAAAAAAAAUUGCUAAUACGUAAAAUUCUAUUCAAUAUUGUAUUUUGUAGAAUUAAAUGUAUUUUAUAUUGUAUAACUUGCAUGUAUCAAAUAGUAUAUAUAAAAUUCCUUCAUUACUAAAUGUUCAAGUUUUCUUUGGAAAUAAAUAUUAUUUAUUAUUAUAAAGAAAUAAAAUAAAUAAA